AUGUCUACUACUGAACAAAGAAAGAAGAGAUCCUUCAAGUCAUUCUCUUUCAAGGGUGUUGAACUUGACCAAUUACUCGAAUUAUCCACUGAAGACUUUGCAAAGUUAUGUGAUGCUAGAGUCAGAAGAAGAUUCUCCAGAGGUUUAGGUACCAAGCCAAUGCACUUGAUCAACAAGUUGAGAAAGGCAAAGGUUAACGCUCCAGCUAACGAAAAGCCAGCUGUUGUCAAGACCCACUUAAGAAACAUGAUUGUUGUUCCAGAAAUGAUUGGUUCAGUUGUCGGUAUCUACAACGGUAAGGUUUUCAACACUGUUGAAAUCAAGCCAGAAAUGGUUGGUCACUACUUAGGUGAAUUCUCCAUUACUUACAACCCAGUCCAACACGGUAAGGCUUCUACUGGUUCCAAGUUAAGAUUAUACUAA